GAAAACACGGAAGUACACUAUCUGAAAUUGGAAGUCUUGUUGCAUGUUAGCUCGCUUGAGCUACAAUGGAAGCAAAAAGUUGCAAACUUGCUGUAGCUAUAUAGCUGCUUAGUUCAGUUACAACAUUAUUCAUUUUUUGUCGUCGUGAUGGAAAGGAUCAGAGCACGACUACAACUGGGCGGAAAAUCGACUUUUUCUGAGCCAGUUAAACUGAGGAAAAGGAAAUCAAAAUUGUACAGUCCAGACGACACGACAAGCCGAUUUGAAAAUGGUUUCCUUGGAGUCAAUGUUAUUUACUUCACAGUGGCAUUUCGGCUCAUUAAUUGUUUCCUGGUGCAGACCAGCUUUGUCCCAGAUGAAUACUGGCAGUCCCUUGAAGUUUCCCACCUCAUGGUUUUCAGAUAUGGCUAUCUUACCUGGGAAUGGACAGAGGGCAUCAGAGGCUAUGCUUAUCCACUGUUCUUUGCAAUUAUAUAUAAAAUUUUGCACUUUCUAAGUUAUGAUAUGGUUCAACUCUUGGUGUGGUUGCCACGUGUGAUGCAGGCCCUUCUCGCUGCAUUGGCUGAUAUCAAACUUUAUUCUCUUAUCCAAAGAUUAGAGCAGCCUUACAUUACCAGAUGGAUGUACUUCUGUCAGCUUUGCUCCUGGUUCACAUGGUACUGCUGCACCAGGACACUGACCAACACCAUGGAGACUGUUCUCACCACAUUGGCUCUUCAUUACUACCCCCUGCCAGGUUCCAAGAUGUAUAGCAGCUCAAAGUACUUGACUCUGGUUGCCUUGGCGAUCCUUGUUCGACCGACAGCUCUUAUUGUGUGGCUCCCUUUAUUGGGGUGGCAUUUCUGGCAGGAACAUGACAAGCUGAAGCUUCUAUUACACCACGCCCUUCCCAUAGGGGCUCUAACAUUAGGGACCUCUACAGUAGUAGACUGCAUACUGCAUGGCAAGUGGACUCCGGUUCAGCUAAACUUCCUCAAGUUUAAUAUCCUGCACAAUGUGGCAGAGUUUUAUGGGUCUCACCCAUGGCACUGGUACCUCACCCAGGGAUUCCCAGUUGUUCUGGGCCCUCACCUCCCUCUAUUCCUUCAUGGAUGCACUCUGGCCCCAAAAAAAUACAGGAUACUGUUGAUAACUGUUAUCUGGACAGUUAUAGUUUACAGCUUCCUUGGACACAAGGAGUUCAGAUUCAUUUACCCAGUGGUGCCGCUAUGUAUGGUGUUUUGUGGAUUUUCUCUGGCAAGCCUGAAAGCAUGGAAGAGGCCUGCCGCAAGUGCUCUGCUGGUUUUGAACCUCAUUCUAGCGCUCUACACUGGACUUGUCCACCAACGUGGAACUCUAGAUGUCAUGAGCCAUCUACGGCAGUUGUGUGACAUCACUAAUCCACAACCAGAGAUCCUCUUCCUCAUGCCUUGUCAUUCCACACCUUUCUACAGCCACAUGCACUGUCCCAUCGGGAUGCGGUUCCUACAGUGUCCUCCAGAUCUGACUGGAAGCAAAAGCUAUGUGGACGAAGCAGACUUGUUCUUUGCUGAUCCCAACGGUUGGCUGAGAACCACUUAUCCCAACCCAGCAUCACUACCUUCCCAUAUGGUGUUCUUUGACGUACUUGAAGAGGAGAUAUUAAAGUUCUUGGAAUCAAACAAAUACACAAGAAACAUGGAAGUUUUCCAUACUCACAUACCUGAGGGGCGAGUUGGAAGAAGCAUCUUUGUCUAUGAAAGAAGACUGUGAACAGAACAGCAGCUUAUUACUUGUCAAACCUGGAAAAAUGCCUCUUUUGGAAAAAAAGAAUGUGCACUGUAUAAUAAUCGGUUUAAAUACAUUUGUUUUUUACCUUGUAGAUGUACAUUUUCAUUAAAAACAGUAGCGUAUACUUAAAAAGGUUUAA